GUGAUGGACACUAAUGGGGAUGCACAGGUUGCUGCAGGCGCCUGAGAGAUGCGGGGGUGUGCAGGAGCACCACACAGUGGCAGAAUGACGUCAGCACGGCACAGACUGGCAAUAGGCUGCUGACUCCCCAGCUCAUUCAGUGCCUUCUGCAGCCAGGAGCAAGCCAGCAACCGGGACUCCAGUAGCAGCAGCGGCAGCAGCAGCAAAGACCUAUCCAGAGGUUGAUGAUCUCUAUGGUUAUUUUCAACUUCAUAAACUUCACAUACCAGAGAGGCAUCUCCGGUUCUCCUGGUAGGGGGGUGAUCAUCGGAGCCUUCCCUGACUAUGCCAGCUUCUUCAAUGAGCGCCAGUCUCUCUAAAGAGCUGAGGCUGUCUAUGCCACCUUGCUGGCUCAAUAGGACCUCUACAUCCAACGCCAGCAUCUGCGCGACAGAAGUGGAGCCUUUGUUCCAGUCCUUCUCCUCCACCUUGGUGUUGAUUGUCCUGGCCACGGUCAUCUUCUGCCUGGUAGUCCUUUCACUCAGCACCUUCCACAUGCACAAAAGCAAGAUGAAGAAGCGCAAAAUAGAGAAAGCCCAGGAGGAAUACGAGAGAGAUCACUGCAGCCCCAGUACAGAAAGAAGCCACUUCUAUGAAAGGGUGAACAAGCAGCCAAGUAACGCCCAAGACAGUAAUUUGUGCUAUAAUUCCCCUAACAUCCAGAGGAAGGAUCAGAGCUCCCUGAACCUGGACUGCAGGAUUACUGGCCAACCUCACCAGGAAGCCUCAGUUUUGGACAGAGCUACAGCGGAUCUGCUGCACUCUGUGGUCUCAUCAUGAUCUGGAUGGCACCAGUGGGCACUUGAAUUGUACAUAUUUGGGGAUACCAUGCCAAGGGGGGAAAAUAAUAAUUUAAAUGAUAACGAUUCAAGCGCAUGAUUACAACUACACACUGCGUUACCGUUAUGCGAUACAGGUUACACAUGGGGGUUAGCUGUUUAUUUCUUUCCUUUGCUAACCAAAUAUAAUGCCACCUGCCUGAGGAAUCCCACCCUGCUGUACAGAUCACCCAGGUGACCCCCCCCCCCCCCCUCCACCCUACUCCCCUACAUUUCCAAGAUGAAAAAAAGCUCAAUGAUAUUCUGUGAUAGACGACUAACCAUGACGACAUCAGCAAACUUCAUCCUUAACGAACUCGCCCUGAAAUAAUGGAAAACAAAAAGACACUGGGAGAUCCUAGUUGUGUCUAGGCUCCAUUGUUCUAUAAGGCUAGAGGCUCUCCCUUGGUUAAUGGAAGUGUCUCUUACAGUGAACAAAAAACAACAACAACCUGUUCAUACAGAAUAAUAAAAUAUAUAGAAUGUUUCAUUUAAAAAAAUCACUGGUAUUUUCUAUUUAGAACGUUUGCCUUGUGGAGUUGAAGUCAAGUAUUGGUAGGUAAUCCAAGCGCUACACCUUGCUUUCACCGCCGUUGGUUGUACGGAGCUGUCCACAGUCUCCGGUGCUGAAUCCCAGCCGCACAGUCUAGUAACGCUUUCAGCUCUAUAAUAAGUUUCUAUCUCUCUCUUUUCUCUGUUUAAUUAACGAUGCACUGUUCGCUUAAUUACUGUAUAUGAACUGUACCUGUACUCAGAGACCCAAUAUUCUGUACAAAGAAAUGACUCGGUGAUGUGCAGUUUGUGCAGUGACUACUGCAGAAUAUUAAUGUUAUACUUUCUUUAACUUGAUAUGUGCCCUUAUUUUAUCUCCUCUUGAUACUGAGGCAAACAUAGCUCUGUACUAUGCACUCUUACAUGUAUGCUUUUCCUUUGCUGCUACUGAGGCGAGAGGGGAGGUGGGCUAACCGGCAACUCAAUUCAGUGGCAUGCCAUUAGCUUCUAUUGUUAUAGGAAUAAAUUUUAUAUCUUAA